AUGCAAGAAAUUAAUGAGUAUGAGCGUCAAAGGGAAUUAAAUAUUAAGAGAAAUAAAGAACUUUUAAAAGAACUUAAAUUAGAUAGUAUUUUCAAAAAAGAGCCAAACAAUCAAGUAAAUCUAGCAAAAACUAGAAAUUUAGAGAAAAAAAACACAAAAAGAAAAGAUUAUAGUAAUCUUCCUAGAAGAAACUCAUCAAGACUUCUCGGGAUAUCAGCAGAAUCAGAAAAUUUUAAAAGAAAACAAGAAGCAGAUGUGAAAAAUAUAAUAGAACAAAAAAAACGUCUACGUGUGCCAGGAGACUUAAAAUUAAGUGAAAUCAUUGAAGAUUCAUAUGAUUGGGAUGUUGCGAAGAAGGUUAUUAGGAAUGCAGUAUCAUAUACGGGGGAAUCUAUUGAAAAAAAAGAAUCAGAAGAGUUUUUAGAUAAAGAUGUUUUUAAACUAAAACAAAAGAUGGAAUCUCUUGAAUUAUAUAAGAGAUGGGAUCCAUUUUACUUGAAAAUAGUUCCAGAGAGAAUAUCAUGUAUUAUUGUUCAUCCUAGCACAACAAAAAAAAUUGUAUUUGCGGGAGAUAAAAUUGGCAAUAUGGGUAUUUGGGAUAUGGAUGGAUCCAAGACACAUAGAAUCAAAAAUGAAGAUGAAAAUAGUGAAUUAGAAGAACCAUUAAUUCAUCACUAUAGACUGCAUUCUGGAUUAAUUUCAACAUUUAAAUUUAAUCCAUUUUCUACAAAUACACUUUACUCUUCUUCAUAUGAUGGUACAGUUCGCGCUGUACAUUUGGAGAAAGAAUUAUCUACAGAAAUAUACGUUUCUGAUGGAGGCAAUUCAAAUAAUCCAUCUUCGAUUUCAGCAUUAGUUGUACAUCCUAAAGGAGAUAGAAUAUAUCUUACGACAAUUGAUGGUCGAUUUGUAAUGAAAGACAUCCGCUCCCGAGGUGCAUCAACUUAUCAACUACAUGAUAAAAAAAUUGGGGGAUUGUCUAUUCAUCCAUGUGCUCCAUAUCUUAUUUGCACAUCAUCUUUAGAUCGUACAAUGAAAAUAUGGGACCUUCGUAUGAUUAGUAAUUCUAGGCCAAUAUCACAUAUAGGUACAUAUAUAUCACGUUUAAGCAUAAGCUCUGCAUAUUGGAAUUCUGAAGGUUCGAUUGUUGCGACUAGUUAUGAUGAUACGAUUACUAUUUUUGAUAAUCCAAAUUAUAAAUUAUGGACAAAUGAUACUAAACUUAAUGAUAUGUCACCAAAUUGUACUAUUAAACAUAACAAUCAAUCAGGAAGAUGGGUGACAAUCUUACGCGCACAAUGGCAUGAAAAUCCAUCCACUUGCAUGCAAAAAUUCACAAUUGGAAAUAUGCAAAGACAUAUUGAUAUUUAUAGUAAUAGAGGAGUUUGUCUUGCUCGUUUGGGUGAUCCUAACAAAAUUACUGCUGUUCCUGCAGUAUGUCAAUUUCAUCCAACUCAAGAUUGGGUUGUGGGUGGAUCUGCUUCAGGAAAAAUUAUAGCUUACCUUCCUCCAGAAGAACAAUGUUUGUAA